CCUUUCGAAUUCAUUUCACUCGAAUUUGAAUUUCAUUUAGCUUUUCCAUACAAAAACAUAAUAAGUACACCCUUCCACCCUCGCAUUUUCUUUCAAAUUAUUAUGCGUUAGUGUGAAAAAGUUCGUCAAUUUUCUUCGUAUCUAACUACAGUUUUCUGUAUUUGCAAGGUUAUAAAAUAUGGCUGAUGUCGAGGAAAUUCAACCCCUUGUUUGCGACAAUGGAACUGGAAUGGUCAAGGCUGGAUUUGCUGGAGAUGACGCACCAAGAGCUGUGUUUCCUAGCAUAGUUGGGCGACCUCGACACACAGGUGUAAUGGUGGGAAUGGGCCAAAAAGAUGCUUAUGUGGGUGAUGAAGCGCAAUCAAAAAGAGGAAUCCUUACAUUAAAAUAUCCAAUAGAGCAUGGAAUAGUAAGCAAUUGGGAUGAUAUGGAGAAAAUUUGGCAUCACACUUUCUACAAUGAGCUCCGUGUUGCCCCUGAAGAACACCCAGUGUUACUCACAGAAGCACCUUUGAACCCUAAAGCUAAUAGAGAAAAGAUGACACAAAUCAUGUUUGAAACUUUCAAUAGCCCUGCAAUGUAUGUUGCUAUUCAAGCCGUGUUGUCUCUUUACGCAAGUGGGCGUACAACAGGUAUUGUUUUGGACUCGGGUGAUGGUGUAAGCCACACGGUGCCUAUAUACGAAGGGUAUGCUCUCCCGCAUGCCAUCCUACGGUUAGACCUAGCGGGCCGUGACCUUACUGAUUCCUUAAUGAAAAUCCUUACCGAAAGAGGAUACUCCUUCACAACAACCGCAGAAAGGGAGAUUGUGCGCGAUAUAAAGGAAAAACUCGCGUAUGUUGCACUCGAUUAUGAACAAGAAUUGGAAACCGCAAAAAGUAGUUCUUCAAUAGAGAAAAGCUACGAGUUGCCAGAUGGACAAGUGAUUACUAUUGGGGCGGAGAGAUUCCGGUGUCCGGAAGUCCUAUUCCAGCCGUCGCUAAUCGGAAUGGAAUCGACUGGGAUACAUGAAACGACUUAUAAUUCGAUCAUGAAGUGUGAUGUUGAUAUAAGGAAAGAUCUUUAUGGGAAUAUUGUGUUGAGUGGUGGAACCACUAUGUUCCCCGGUAUUGCUGACCGUAUGAGUAAGGAAAUUACCCAAUUGGCCCCGGGUAGUAUGAAGAUCAAGGUGGUUGCACCGCCAGAACGAAAAUAUAGCGUUUGGAUCGGAGGAUCCAUCCUAGCUUCACUUAGCACCUUCCAGCAGAUGUGGAUUUCGAAGGCCGAAUAUGAUGAAUCUGGUCCACCGAUUGUUCAUAGAAAGUGCUUUUAAGUUUGUUACGAAGAAGAAAUGUGGUAUGUACGAGUUUAUAUAUUAUUGGAUUUUUUUUCUGCGGGUGAGGCUUUAUUUACUGCUAAUCUGCUAUAGAAUGAAUAUAUAGUGUGGUGAUUGAAUGAAUGUAUAUUGGGUGAUCAUUUUAUUAUUAUUAUUAUUAUUAUUAUUAUUAUUAUUAUU